GUUUUGGGUAGGGAAGGGUUUGGGGUUUGAAUUCACUGGGAUUCUUGGUGGUGUUGGAAGUGGCAGUGAUGAGAUCCCUCUGGUUCUGGCUCUUCGUAGCCAGAGAGACCCUGAGGGGCUGGAGCUGUCCAGGGCUGGGAAUGGAGUUGGGAAAGGGCUGGAGAAUUCCUGAGGAGCUGGGAAGGGGCUGGAGAAUUCCUGAGGGAGCUGGGAAGGGGCUCAGCCUGGAGCAAAGGAGGCUCAGGGGGCCCUUGUGGCUCUGCACAGCUCCUGCCAGGAGGGGACAGCCGGGGGGGUCGGGCUGUGCUCCAGGGAACAGGGACAGGAGCAGAGGGAACGGCCUCAGGCUGGGCCAGGGCAGGCUCAGGGUGGGCACAGCAGGAAUUUCCCCAUGGAAAGGGGUCAGGGAUUGCCCAGGGAGGGUUGGAGUCACCAUCCCUGGAGGUGUCCAAGGAACUCCUGGAGGUGGCACUCAGUGCUCUGGGCUGGGGACAGGGUGGGACUCAGAGGUCUCAGAGCUCUCUGCCAACCUCAGUUCUGUGGCUCUGGGAAGUGUUUGGGUUCCUCAUCUCAGGGGGACAGAGGGUUCCUGUACCUGAUGUCCCCCUGUGCUUUUCAUGGUGACAAAACCACUGACUGGGAGAAACAUCUUGGUGAGGAUCCUGGAUAAAGCAGAAUUGAAAACCAACAAAUACCUGGAAAUCAACACAUUUGUGAAAUGAUAAAGCACAGCCUGGCCAAGGCGCUCUACGACAACAAGGCGGAGUGCUCGGACGAGCUGGCCUUCCGCCGAGGGGACAUCGUGACGGUGCUGGAGCAGCACGUGGCGGGCAGCCAGGGCUGGUGGCGCUGCUCCCUGCACGGCCACCACGGCCUGGCCCCUGCCAACCGCCUGCAGCUCCUGCCGCCCUCCGUGCAGCUGCCAGCCGCACACAGCAUCUACCAGGUGCCCUCCGUGCCCUCCGUGCCCAAGGCCACGGUGCCCUCGGCCACCUACGAGAAGAUGGAGGGCUGGGUUCAACCCCCAGCCGUGUACCAGGUGCCGGCCCUGGCGGCGCAGCUGCUCAGCGAGAGGACCAAGCGCUCCACGCACCAGCACCUGUUUACCCUGCCCAGAGCCUGCCGGGCUUCAGCCCCCAACAUCAGGGCUGAGGUGUACGAUGUCCCCUCCUCGCAGCACUGUGGGUCCCUGCUGCCACAGAGUGGUGCCACUCCCCCCAGCACAAGGAAGGGUGCCCUGCUGGGCAGGUCCACUGAGAGCUUCCAGGCAGAGCAGAGGCGGCUUUACAACAUCCCAUCCAAGGCAGAAAAAGGAGGAGCUGGCAGCCAGGACUCACCAGCAGGCAAUUUAUAUGAUGUCCCUCCCAAAAGAGAACUCGGUGACUCAGAAAAUAAACCUCAGAAGAAAUGCUGGGGCCAUUUCAACACUUUGCCAAACCCUCGGAAGUCCGAAUGGAUUUACGAUAUUCCAGUAUCCCCUGAAAAUCCCGGAUUCAAACCCAACCCUCCUGGGCAGUCUGUGGAGAAGCAGGUGCUGUAUGACAUUCCCCCAGCCAGGUACAAGGCUCCAGCCACCGCCACUGAAGCCAAGGCUGGGAAUCCACAGCUGUACGACAUUCCACCGGUGCAGCGGAAGUUAACGCUUCCAGAAAUCCCCCUCUACGACGUUCCACCCUCACGGGACCUGCUCCUCCUGCCACAGAACAGCAGCUCUGAGCUGCCCCCCAGGCUCCUGGCUGCCAAGGCUGAGAGUCAGAUCUCUGAGGAGAACGCUUAUGAUAUUCCCAAAGGUUUGCCCAGUGCUGGGCACUCCAAGAAAGAGAUGGAAAACAGCAGUGACCAAGCACACGGUGCCUCCCCACAGCUCUCCAUGGAUGCCAAGUCAGAAAAUGACAGUUUGUGUGUCUCUAGUGUGGACAGCAGAAGCAGCACUCUCUCCUCCUCCUCCAGCUCUUCUGCUGAGUCGUUUUCUACGCUGUCACCAUCACCAGAGCCUGUCCAAGAAAUCAAACUGGAGCUGGAAGCAGCCAUCGAGACCCUGACUCGGCUGCAGCACGGCGUGUCCAGCUCCAUCGCCAGUUUAAUGAUCUUUGUGAGCAGCAAGUGGAGAUUGCAGGAGCACCUGGAGAAAAGCCUGGAGGAGAUCCACAGAGCAGUGGACCACAUAAAGGUGUCACUGGGAGAGUUCCUGGCCUUUGCUCAAGCCCUGAAGGGAAAUGCCUCCAACCUCUCAGAUAACAACCUGCAGGCCAGAAUUAAAAAGCAGCUGGAAAUCCUCAGGAACUCCUACCAAAUAUUGACAGAAACGAGGGAAGCUCUCAACAGCUGCAGCUGGUCCCUGGAGACUUUGGUGCUCAGGAAGCCCCAGAACAACCCUGACGACCUGGAUCGCUUUGUUAUGGUGGCCAGGACAAUUCCAGAUGAUAUCAAGAGGUUUGUGUCCAUCAUCAUCGCCAACGGGAAGCUGCUCUUCAGGAAGAACGAGAAGGAGCAAGAAAAGAAGCAACCAAAAGGGAACCUGGAAUGCAAAAUGGCAAAACAGAUCCCAGUGCCAAGAAGAGUAGAAAUUGAGUCACUCCAGAGAAAUGCUCCUGAGAAAUCCAGCCAAAGCCAGGUCCCUGUGCAGAAACCAGAAGAAAAUUGCAGUGAGGAUUGUGAUUAUGUCCAGUUACAGGUCUUGCCACGUGCCAAAAAGACUGAAAAUGCCAGCAGGCAGGAGCCUGCCAGGAAAAUCCCCCUGCCCGAGCACUGCAGGCUGUGCUUCGCUGCCCUGCACAAGGCCCUCGGCGUGUUCACCGCCAGCCUCAGCAGCCAGCAGCCCCCCGAAAUCUUCAUCUCCCACAGCAAACUCAUCAUCAUGGUGGGCCAGAGGCUGGUGGAUUCCCUGUGCCAGGAGACCCAGGAGAGGGAGGCCCGGAGCGACGUCCUGCACAGCAGCAGCCGCUUCUGCAGCCUGCUCAAGAACCUGGCCCUGGCCACCAAAAGCGCCGCCCUGCAAUUCCCCAGCGCCGAGGCCAGCAGGGAGCUGCGGGAGCAGGCGGAGGAGCUGGCCAAGUACACCCAGCAGUUCCGAGCCAUGAUGGACUGAGGGAACUGCUGCUCCUCCUGGGCACCCGGCCACGCUCUGAGAUCCACCAGGAACCCCCUGGGAGCAGGUGAAGAUUCCACUCAGAACUCCCACCAGGAACUCCCUGGGUGACACUGCAGGUGCAGAUCCCCCCAUUCAGAAUUCCCACCAGGAACUCCCUGGGUGACACUGCAGGUGCAGAUCCCCCCAUUCAGAAUUUCCUCCAAGAAUUCCCUGGGUGACACUGCAGAUGCAGAUCUCCCCACUCAGAAUUCCCACCAGGAACUCUCUGGGUGCUGGUUCUGGUGCAGAUCUCCCCACUCAGAAUUCCCUCCAAGAAUUCCCUGAUGAAGAUCCCCACUCGGAAUUCCCAUUAGGAAUUCCUUGGGUGCUGGUUCAGGUGCAGAUCCCCUCACUCGGAAUUCCCACCAAGAGCUUCCUGGGUGCCAGUGCAGGUGCAGAUCCCCACAUUCAGAAUUCCCAUCAGGAAUUCACUGUGUGCCAGUGCAGGUGAAGAUCCCCACUCAGAAUUCCCACCAGGAAUUCCCUGAGUGCCUUUGUAGCAGGGCAAGAUCCCCACAGCAGCUGAUGCAGAAGAAGUAAAUCUGCACUUUCUUCUCCACUGUUCACAUCCUGCCUGGAAAUGUCAUUGUCACAGUGGCUGGGUGGGAAUGUUUGCUGUGUAUUGGAGCAAAAUUUGCUGAUUAUUUGUUGAAAAUUUGUUGACUGAUUUAUUGGUUUUUUGUUCUCUAUGUAUGUCCGAUAAAUGUAUUUUCUUUUUUAA